CUAAUCAAAAAUGAGCCAUCGUUCAACCGACGACCUCCAAUCCUCCAACACAACAUCAACACACUCAUCACUCACUUUGGCUUUGUGGGGAGAUACCAUACUUUAGAAGCACUAGCUAGCUAGACCAUGACACGACAAUCACAGCAACAACAUCAAGCACCACCGUCCAGAUGGAUCCUCUUGCCCAUGCUUGCAUGUGUCCUUUCACCGUUGGCAGAAUCAUCGAUGUUUGGUAACCGCCAAAGAUUUGCCUCCAAAAGACAACCGAUGGUUUCAGCAUCAUCAUUACAUGUUUUGGAUCUUCGAGGAGGAAGUACCACAGUAGCAACAGCAAAAGAAGACGACGAAAAGAAAGAAGAAGAAGAAAAGCCAUCUUCUUCUUCUCUCAUGACAGACAAGUACCGCAUGCAACAAAUGGUCCUCCUCCAAUCCCGAUCGGCGCGCUUACGCCAAGAAUUGGUCGACCGAGGUGUCUUGACGGACGUCCCGACAGGAGAUACUUCCACCACCGCCGAACCGGUCGACUGGGAUUGUGCUCUCUCCACACCUCGCCAUCCAAAACGAUGUCUGUAUUCGUACGAUGCCCAAGAAUACACCAAAGUGGUGGCACCCAUUGGGUCGAGUGAUUGGAUUGGACUUGCUACCAUGAAUCGAUUGCGUCGCACAGACCCGUCCAAAUUGGAACCCAUGUGGCACAACAAAUACGCCAUUCACCGGGCGUGGUUUGGAGCUCAUUCUCCGUACAGUCUCUAUGCUCAUUUGCCGUGGCAGGGAUAUCUCUUGACCAUUCUACUGGAUGUUCCACUCGUCCUCAAUAUUUUUGUUGCGACGAUCUUGGCGAUUGUCGUCCAUAUGACCCGUCCCAUUUGGGAAUCCCUGUUGGCACUGUUAUUGACGUCUGGUUUACUGUGGAAACAAUGGCCGCAUUGGUUCCGAUUUGCCCAUGCGGCGUUGCCGUUUAAAUUGUUAAUGGGUCAAAUGGCAUGGAAAAGUGUGGGAAUGGUAUUUGGCAAAGUGGCGCAUCAAAUUCGGGAGUAUCUCAUUACCAUGGAAGGACAAAUCUGGGAAGCUUCUAUUCCCAUUACGGUGGUGGAUGCCGGUGAUGAAGCGAUUGUGGCCCAAAAGACGGGAUUUCGAUCCAGUAAUGAUGAGGAAGCCGACGAGGACAUGGAUGACGAUGAGGAUGACAUGGAUGAUGACGGCAGUGAAGAAGAGGACGAAGAAAUCAAUCUAGAUGAUGACGACGAGAGUGAUGACGGAUCCGACUUUGAAAUGAUCACCAAGUUUGGAGGCGAAGAGAAGCGGUAUGUAUUCUGAUCCUCGUGAUGGCAGCAACAAGGAAAAAGAAUGAUGUAACUUAUAAAGAUCACUGAACCAACCAGCAAACUGUGGAUCCAAUACAAAAAGUUUUGCUUCAUUCAACAUUUAGUUGGUGGAUUGUUCUCUACCGUACUGCAAUUUUAAAAGUCUAGCACUUUCAAAGACUCAAGCACUACUAGCUAACUAGCUUGUCUACCGAUAGUGUUGUGUUUGCUCGCAAAAAUGCAAUGAUCACAUCCCAAC